CGGCAACGGCGCGGCCCACCGGCCAUGGUUCCGCCACCGAGCCCCCGGUCGUGGGCCCCGGCGGUUAGCGGAGGAUCCACCGAGACGACCGUGCUAACCAGGCGAGACGGCAGGGGUGUUACCAGUGGGAUUUACGAGCAGCCCAUCGCCAGCAAGCCCAUCAGCGUGCUGCUGGCUAUAAUCGGAUGCUGCGUGCUGUCUUGCUGUCUCAGUAUUUGGAUGAGAUUGCCAUACAUACAAUGGAUGGUGCUUAUGAUCUACGUGGUUUCCCUCUUAUUUGUUCUUGGAAACUCAAUAUUACAGUUUGGCCUCGGUUCUGAACUCAACUAUUCUACCUGCAUGGCGGCCGAAUUCCUGUGCCUAUCGACCUACGCCUUGACCAAAGUGUUUAUAUAUCUCUUUCUGGUUGAUCGGGUUCACAUCGUCCAGGAGUCUCGCAAGUCCCGGUUCAAGUCGAGGCAAUACCUAAUUAAUUCAUUCGGGAUGAUGGGAAUUUACGUCGUUAUUAUCAUUACCAACUUUAUCUUUCGAGUCAACUUUUACGACAAUGGCACAUGCGUCAUCGGACAGAGUCGAUUCGUCUUGAUACCCCUUAUUGCUUUUGAUGCUUUUAUCAACAUCUAUCUCACUAUUCUGUUUUUGAUCCCGCUGUUGAGACUAUAUUCGGUUCACCUAAAAAUCAAGAGGCCUUACACUCUGGUCCUCCACUCGGCCAAAAUGGCAUACACUGCGCCGAACCUUCGACUGCGGAGAUUGGCCUUCAGGACGUUCGUAGGCACCUGCUGCACUCUUGCCAGCAGCGUCACGAACAUGACUGUUUUGAUGAUCCUGAAUGGAGAGUCAUCGUGGCUCUGCUUCAUAGCCUGCAACAGCGACGUCCUAUUCUCCGCCCUCGUCAUCCAAUGGGUCACGGCAUCCGACCAGGCCGGCUCCAAGAACCGGGAAUGCCCACCGAAAAUGCAACCCGCCACAUCUGCAGCCACGGCGGUGUCAUCCGGCACGACGGGCAGACAAUCUGGCGGCAAGUGCGAGGAGCUGCAAGCGGCGUCGUCUCUGUUGCUGAAUGAGACGCCGGGUUUUAGACCGAGACUCAAUAGGAGGUAUUCUAUGCCUUGA